CGACGCGACGCGACGCGAUCGCGGCUUCCAGAACCCCGCCUGGUCGCCCAGCGCCGCAGCCUGUCCGAGGCCUGGAGGGGUCCGGGCCGCCGUCCAUGGUUGCAGCGUCCUGAGGCGGGGGGACGCGCCCGGCGCCCCCAGCCCUCCUCUGCCGCCUCCUCCCGGGCGGGCGGCCUCCUCCGGCGCCUCCCUGCGCCGGCUCGCCCGCCGCCUCCCUCCCUCCUUUCCUGCAGCUCUCUGGGCUUUCGGGAGCCCGGGGGCGGCCUGUGGCGUGCGGAGCCCGCUCCAGACUGCGCCUCUUUGGACCUUGAGGGGAAACAUGCGUUUGGCUUGGAUCGUUUUAAAUUCUUAGUUUGGGAUCCCCGCCCGCCUGCCUCUGCCGCCCGGCAGGUUUUCUUCUCUUCCUCUUUUUUUCCCCCUUUUUUCCUUCACGGUCUCCUUUUUGACUCCCUCACCUUUUAUGCUGGCCCAAUCCUCCCCCCGCUCCUGAGACGUGGGGGAGGGUCUCUGCCUCCAGGUUCCCGCCCCAUCGGGGCUCGGGCGAGGAUGGGGGGCAAGCAGAGCACGGCGGCCCGCUCCCGAGGCCCCUUCCCGGGGGUCUCCACCGAUGACAGCGCCGUGCCCCCGCCGGGAGGGGCGCCCCACUUUGGGCACUACCGGGCGGGCGGCGGGGCCAUGGGGCUGCGCAGCCGCUCGGUCAGCUCGGUGGCGGGCAUGGGUAUGGACCCCAGCGCAGCCGGAGGGGUGUCCUUUGGCCUCUACACCCCCGCCUCCCGGGGGACCGGCGACUCUGAGAGGGCGCCCGGCGGCGGAGGGUCCGCGUCCGACUCCACCUAUGCCCAUGGCAAUGGUUACCAGGAGACAGGCGGCGGUCACCAUAGAGACGGGAUGCUGUACCUGGGCUCCCGAGCCUCGCUGGCGGAUGCUCUACCUCUACACAUCGCACCCAGGUGGUUCAGCUCGCACAGUGGUUUCAAGUGCCCCAUUUGCUCCAAGUCUGUGGCUUCUGAUGAAAUGGAAAUGCACUUUAUAAUGUGUCUGAGCAAACCACGCCUCUCCUACAAUGAUGAUGUGCUGACUAAAGACGCGGGUGAGUGCGUGAUCUGCCUGGAGGAGCUGCUUCAGGGGGACACGAUAGCCAGGCUGCCCUGCCUGUGCAUUUAUCACAAAAGGGACAGACAGGCCCUGUUCCUGAGAGGAGGCUCAUCGGACACUGGGGCAGAGCUGAGCUUGGGACACCAGUGGGGACAGGGUACCCCUGCUGCACUGACUUCCAGAGAAUGGCUCUCCCUUUCUCCCCGAGGACACCCCAUUGGAUGAGAGCGAGUUUGAAAGAAGAAAGAAUCAACUGCUACCCUUCCCCUCACCCCCUCAUCCCAGGAGGGAAAGGGCAUUUUCUUUUUCACCUUUGAAAGGCGUUGUGGGUCUGUCUUUAAAGUGUUUACAAAAAAAAAUUAUAAAAAAAACAAA